GGGGUGUCCGGGCUGCGGCUUCCCCUGCAGGAACGGCCGCGCCGAGCCGUGGCAGCGGAGGGGCAGCGGGGCACCGCGGAGGGCUCCCCGCCGCAGGGCUGCGCUGCUGGGGGUGGCAAUAGGAGGGUGCGAAGGGGAGCGGGUCCCGGCGGGAUCUGCCCUCUGUAUCGCACCCCCCCUGCUUUGGCUGUCCCAGGGGGUCUGGGUUCGGCUCUUUAUGGCAGCCGUUUCUGAGAGAAUCGGCAAGUUGAAGCGAGGGGGAAGAUCUCUGAGGAGUGGUUGUGCUGUCUGCAGGGCUGGAGGUGAACAGGGAGCUGCGGCCAGAUGCGCGUAGCCCACAGCCUGCAAACCGUGAUUGUGGGGAAAGAUGAACAGCGAAACGAGACUGUAGGGUUUUAUUGUUAGGAGCUCAAUUUAUGACGCCCUCGGCCGCGAGUUAGAUUAAUACACACAGGAUCGCAACACGGCGAAGGGCUGCCCGUGCCCGUCGCGGGGAGAGCUCGCUUCUUCCUUCGCAGCUCUUCGGGGCGGACUGCGAGCACUCGUGAAAGCCCCGAGCAGCGGCGAGUGACCAAUAACUGCGGUGCGAGUAACACGGUCCCCCCCCUACACACACACCCACACCCACCGCCCGCCCUUCGCAAGAAAAAGGGGGGCAAAAAAUCUCCGGUGCCAAUCAGGGCGCACCGCAAAAUCGCAGGGACCCUCCCCGGCAGCGCCUCGCAGCCCCCGGCCCCUGCCCGAGCGAGGCUGCGGGCACGGCAGGAGGAGGAGGAGGAGGAGGAGGAGGAGAGGCGGCUCCUCCUCCCGGGGACCGGCUCCCGGUAUUUUUUUGGAGGCUUUGCUCGCAACUCGGUGACGGACCUGAAGGGGGGAACAAGUUGCGGCCGUAGCGGGGGCGGGAGGCUCGGCAGCCACUGCGGGAGCGGCGGGGGGCGAUGAGGACGAGGCGGCCGGGGGACAGCCCCGCCGCGCAGCCCCUCGCCGAGCACUGAGGGCGUCUCGGGGCUGAGCCACCCCGCGGCGGCGGAGGCGCUUCCCCGGGACCGCCGGCGCCCUCGGAUGCGGCUGGGAGCCCGCUGGCACCCGGCGCUGCCGAGCCACCAUGACCUCGGUGGCCGGGACCAAGGAGCGGGGCGCGGGCACGGCGCGGAGCAGAAAAUACGGGGUGACCGAGCCCUGCUCGCCCACCAAGCCCGGCGCCCCCUUCUCCCCCGAGAGCUGGUACCGGAGGGCGUACGAGGAGUCCCGUGCCGGCGGCCGCCCGGCCCCGGAGGGAGCGGGCUCGGCGCUGGGCUCCUCCGGCACGCCGUCCCCGGGCUCCGGCACCUCGUCGCCGGGCUCCUUCAGCGGCUCGCCGGGACCCGCCUCGCCCGGCAUCGGCACCAGCUCCCCCGGCUCGCUGGGCGGCUCGCCGGGCUUCGGCACCGGCUCGCCGGGCUCCGGCAGCGGCGGCGGCUCCUCGCCGGGCUCCGACCGCGGCGUCUGGUGCGAGCACUGCAGCGCCCGCCUGGCGGAGCUCAAGAGGCAGGCGCUCAAGCUGCUCAUCCCCGGGCCCGUCAGCAGCAAGGACCCGUGUUUCUCUUCAGUGAUUCAUGACAAGCUCCAAGUUCCCAAUACCAUUCGGAAGGCAUGGAACGAGAAGGACAACAGAUGCGAUGUUUGUGCCACACACCUGAACCAGCUGAAGCAAGAGGCCAUUCAGAUGGUGCUGACCUUAGAGCAGGCUGCCAACUCAGAACAUUACGAUGCCUCGCCAGGAUCUCCCCCACCCCUCUCCAACAUCCCCACGUUAGUGGGUUCCCGGCACAUGGGCAGCUUGCAGCCCAGGGACUGGGCAUACAUGCCUGCUCCUUAUGCUACGUCUAAUUAUACAGGCUUUGUCACCAAUAAACACAGUGGAAAACCCAACAGUCUAGGAAUUGUCAAUGGGGUGGAGAAGAAAAAUGGCUCUCCUGGACACCAAGCCAAGGUCAGCUUUCAAAUGGCCACCAGCCCCAGCAAUGGUAACGUUCUUAAUUCUGUGGCUAUCCAGGCUCAUCAGUACCUUGACGGCACCUGGUCUUUGUCAAGAACGAAUGGUGUUACUCUAUACCCCUACCAAAUAUCUCAGCUUAUGACAGAGACUAGUCGAGAGGGCCUGACUGAAGCAGCACUGAACCGCUACAAUGCAGAUAAACCCUCCUUGUACAGCUUCCCCGCCUCCCAGAGCACGUAUGUUGCUACUGAUGUAUCCACAGGCACUUCGGUGGCAGCAUCAUUUUUUGCCAGAGCUGCUCAGAAAUUGAACCUGUCUUCUAAAAAGAAGAAGCACAGGCCUUCUGCAUCGUCUGCUCCUGAAUCUCCGCUUUUCUCUACCAGCUUCAGCAGUAUCCUUCAGACCUCCCCACCCCCUGCACCACCAUGUUUGUUAAGGGCAGUCAGCAAAGUGAAAGACACCCCCGGUGUGGGCAAGGUCAAAGUCAUGGUGCGCAUUUCUUCGACGCUUGCCAGAGACACAUCUGAAUCCAGCUCUUUCUUAAAAGUCGAUCCCCGUAAGAAGCAAAUCACACUCUAUGACCCAGCGACCUGUGGAGGUCAGAAUGCUUUUCAGAAAAGGGGCAACCAGGUUCCACCCAAGAUGUUUGCUUUCGAUGCAGUUUUUCCUCAAGAUGCAUCACAGGCUGAAGUAUGUGCUGGGACUGUGGCUGAAGUGAUCCAGUCAGUGGUCAAUGGUGCAGAUGGCUGUGUGUUCUGCUUUGGCCAUGCAAAACUUGGGAAGUCAUACACCAUGAUUGGCAAGGAUGAUUCCAUGCAAAACCUUGGCAUAAUCCCUUGUGCCAUCUCCUGGCUCUUCAAGUUGAUUAAUGAACGCAAAGAGAAGACAGGAGCCCGCUUCUCAGUCCGAAUUUCUGCAGUGGAAGUGUGGGGGAAAGAAGAAAAUCUUAGAGACUUGUUGUCUGAAGUGGCUACAGGAAGCUUGCAGGAUGGCCAGUCCCCAGGCGUCUACCUAUGUGAGGACCCCAUUUGUGGCAUGCAGCUCCAGAACCAGAGCGAGCUCCGCGCCCCCACGGCAGAGAAGGCCGCCUUCUUCCUCGACGCCGCCAUCGCCUCGCGGCGCAGCAGCCAGCGGGACUGCGACGAGGAGGAUCACCGCAACUCCCACAUGCUCUUCACGCUGCACAUCUACCAGUACCGCAUGGAGAAGAGCGGCAAGGGCGGAAUGUCUGGAGGUCGCAGCCGCUUGCACCUUAUUGACCUGGGGAGCUGUGUGAAAGUGCUCAGCAAAAACCGCGAAGGAAGCUCUGGCCUCUGUCUCUCGUUGUCAGCACUGGGCAAUGUCAUCCUUGCCCUUGUCAAUGGAAGCAAACACAUCCCGUACAAAGACAGCAAGCUCACCAUGUUGCUUCGAGAGUCCCUGGGGAAUAUGAACUGCCGCACCACAAUGAUAGCUCACAUUUCAGCCGCUGCGGGGAACUAUGCUGAGACGCUGUCCACUAUCCAGAUUGCAUCAAGAGUCCUCAGGAUGAAGAAAAAGAAAACUAAGUACACAUCAAGUUCUUCUGGAGGAGAGAGCUCCUGUGAGGAGGGCAGGAUGCGGCGGCCAACCCAGCUGAGACCUUUCCAUUCCAGAAACACCGUUGACCCAGACUUCCCUAUUUUGCAUUUGUCAAGUGAUCCUGAUUAUUCGUCCAGCAGCGAGCAGUCCUGUGACACAGUGAUUUAUGUCGGCCCCAAUGGCACUGCCCUUUCUGAUAAGGAACUGACAGAUAACGAGGGUCCCCCUGACUUUGUUCCCAUAGUUCCUGCACUGCAAAAGACCAAAAAUGAGGGAAGGCUGGAGGAAGGUAAUGAAUCAGGGCCCAGCACAUCUGAAAGAGAUUGCCUGAAGUGCAACACCUUUGCAGAGCUCCAGGAGAGGCUGGAUUGCAUAGAUGGCAGUGAAGAAACCGACAAAUUUCCCUUUGAAGAGAUGCCUGCUCAAUUUAGCUCAGACCAGAUGUCUAAGUGCUCUGUCUCAAGCCAACUGGCAGAGCUUAGCCACUUACCAGAGUCAGAUAAGGAAGAUACAAAGCCAGAAUGUCAGCAUCCUGAUAGAGAAGCCAAGGAAAAUAUAAAUGCAACACCCAGCAAAACUAAAAGAAAUCACUCCCCCAUUCCUUCUGGAGCUCUUACUAAUGUUUCAACUCCUUCUUCUCCCAGGAGUGUAACAGGCAGCUCUAGUAAAGAGCUGAGCUCUUGCCAGUUAGCACACAGCACCAGCUUGCAGAGCAGUAGAGAAGGUCUCAACACCUGUGGAUUUGUGGAAGGCAAACCUAGGCCAAUGGGUUCUCCUCGGCUUGGCAUUGCAAGCCUCUCCAAAACCUCUGAGUACAAACCACCAACUUCUCCUUCCCAGAGGUGCAAGGUCUAUACACAGAAAGGAGUCCUGCCCAGCACCACUCCCCCGCCAGCUCCUCUGAGUAAGGAUACUGGGGUGACAUCCAGUGAAUCUUCAUUACAGCCAGAAAUCCGGACCCCACCUGUAGGAAUGAGCCCUCAGAUCAUGAAGAAGUCGGUGUCUUCCAGCAGUGGGGAUUUCGAAGAGACCAUCCUUGACGAAGAUCAGCAACAAAGCAUUUCUCCUGAAUCCAAGAAGGAGAUACUGAGCACCACCAUGGUGACUGUGCAGCAGCCAUUGGAACUGAAUGGAGAGGACGAGCUGGUGUUCACCCUCGUAGAAGAACUGACCAUUAGCGGGGUCCUGGACAACGGGCGCCCAACCAGCAUCAUCAGUUUUAACAGUGACUGCUCCGUGCAGGCGUUGGCCUCUGGGUCUAGGCCAGUCAGUAUCAUCAGCAGCAUAUCUGAAGAUCUCGAAUGUUACUCCAGUGCAGCUCCUGUGUCUGAAGUCAGCAUCACACAGUUCCUGCCACUUCCAAAGUUGGGCCUGGAUGACAAAUCCCAGGAUGAUGGCAGCAGGCGCUCAUCUAUCAGCUCAUGGUUGAGUGAAAUGAGCACAGGGAGUGAUGGCGAACAGUCAUGCCACAGUUUCAUUGCCCAGGCAUGCUAUGGGCAUGGAGAAGCAAUGGCAGAACCCCCUGUGUCUGAGUUUGCAAGCACCAUACAAAGUGCCAGCAUGAUCUGUGUAGGUGACAAACAGAAGCCAGUGACAGACAACAUGCUCAUACUGUCAGAAAUGGGGGAGGAAGCUUUCGGCAAAGUGCCACCCAUCAAAGGCUGUAAAAUAUCAGCUCUAGGGAAAACUACUGUCACAAUUAAAAACACUGCAAGCCUCAGUAGCUGUGAGGGCUACAUCCCAAUGAAGACAAACAUUACUGUUUAUCCAUGUAUUGCCGUUAAUCCCUUCAAAGCACAAGACACUGAUGACGCUGUAUCAGCAGUAACUGCAGACCCAAAGGCUGCCCAUUCCCACGAGGGGAAAGAAUCCAGUGCUAAGAAGGAUAUCAAAUUUGAAGAUCCUUGGCUGAAGAGAGAAGAAGAUGUUAAAAAGGACAGCUCUGGGAGCAUUGAUGGGCCAAGGCCUGACAUGGCCACAGUUCCAGCCAAGCCUGAGCAUGGCACAAAGCAGUCCUCAGCAGAUAGGUUUAGCAGCAGCAGUGGUGGGGACGCCUCUGUCUCCCCAGGAUCUGACAGUCUGAAGAGGAUCGUGGAUGGGUGUGAGAUGGCAGCAUCAGGCUCUGCAACCCAAAGCCCCGUUCAUUCCAUUGAUGGCCUGAAGAGCCGCAGCCUCCCUCGAGGGCUCCCAAAAGCAGGCAAGCUGGAGGAACCUGACAAUCACCUCCAGCCUACGGUCACCGACAGCAGCGGAGCCAGCUCUCCUGCCCACCCUCAGCUUUCUAAGGCUAGCCUAGACAAAAAAAUGGCCUCUCCCAAACACUGUGUCCUCACUCGCCCCAAAGGGACCCCUCCUCUGCCACCGGUGAGAAAGUCAAGCUUGGAUCAGAAGAACAGAGCCAGCCCCCAGCACAGCGCGGCCAGCAGCACCACCAGCAGUCCCUCCAGCCAGCCUGGGCCCUUCCUGGCCAGCUUCCCCGAAGAGCUGAAUGCCAAACCCAAGGGCCCUGGCAUUGACAGCAGCAGCAACAACAGCAGCAGCAAGCUGUUCAGUGCCAAGCUGGAGCAGCUCGCCAGCAGGACCAACUCCCUUGGAAGGUCCACAGGAAGCCACUAUGAGUGUCUCUCACUGGAAAGGGCAGAAAGCCUGUCCUCUGUGAGCUCCAAAAUGAACCCUGGAAAAGACACCACCAUGCCGAGGGCUGGGAGGAGUGUUAGCCGCAGUGUCAUGUCCUCACCAACCAACUCGGGGCUCUCACAGUCUGCAGGGGCCUCCCCAAAAGCUGGCCAGUCAAAGAUCUCUGCUGUCAGCAAGCUCCUGUUGGCGAGCCCCAAGGCCCGAAGCCUGUCUGCCUCUGCCACCAAAACACUCAGCUUUUCAACCAAGUCUCUGCCUCAGUCCGUCGGGCAGAGCUCCAGUUUGCCUCCAAGUGGGAAGAAUAUGUCCUGGUCAACACAGUCCCUCAGCAGAAACCGAGGCUCCAGCCUGGCUUCCAAAUUGCCGCUUCGGGCUGUCAACGGGCGGAUUUCAGAGCUGCUCCAAGGCAGCGCCGGCUCCAGAGGUUUGCAGCUGCGGGGAAACUCAGAGGCAGAGGAGCGCGGGGGCCUUCACGGAGAGGAGAAGCCGGCCGUUCACAUGCUGCCAUCCCCUUACAGCAAGAUCACCCCUCCAAGGAAACCUCACCGCUGUAGCAGUGGUCACGGGAGCGAUAACAGCAGUGUCCUGAGCGGGGAGCUGCCCCCCGCCAUGGGGAAGACAGCCCUGUUCUACCACAGCGGGGGCAGCAGCGGCUACGAGAGCAUGAUGAGGGACAGCGAGGCGACGGGCAGCGCCUCCUCUGCACAAGACUCCAUGAGCGAGAACAGCAGCUCUGCCAGCGGCAGGUGCCGAAGUCUCAAAAAUCCAAAGAAACGCUCAAAUGCGGGCUCGCAGAGACGGAGGCUUAUUCCAGCUCUAUCCCUUGACACCUCUUCCCCUGCAAGGAAGCCUGCCAACAGCCCCGGGGUCCGCUGGGUGGAUGGGCCCCUGCGAAGUGGACAGAGGGGGCUGGGGGAGCCCUUUGAGAUCAAAGUCUAUGAAAUAGAUGAUGUGGAGAGACUCCAGCGGCGACGAGGAGGGGACAGCAAGGAAGUCAUAUGUUUCAAUGCCAAGCUGAAAAUCCUGGAGCAUCGCCAGCAGAGAAUCGCUGAGGUCAAGGCCAAAUACGAGUGGUUAAUGAGAGAACUGGAGGUGACGAAACAGUACCUGAUGCUGGAUCCUAAUAAAUGGCUCAGUGAAUUUGAUUUGGAGCAGGUAUUUGAGCUGGAUUCUCUGGAAUACCUGGAGGCCCUGGAAUGUGUGACUGAACGUUUGGAAAAUCGUGUCAACUUCUGCAAGGCCCAUCUCAUGAUGAUCACCUGUUUUGACAUCACCUCUAGACGCAGAUAAGGAGCGAACCUCAACAGAAUUUCAAUGGGCAUCUCUGCCAUCCUCCUUUUCCCUUCCGAAUAGCAUCCCAAAGACAACAGAAUGAGGAUGAAGGUUGGAGUCAAGUCUCAACUGUGUGUAUGAGAGAUUUGCUUAACUAUACGGAAGAGUAGUAUAAAAAAAAAAAACAGGACAAGCAUGAAAAAUGGAGAUAUAAGGAUGUUGAUUCUGUUAGCCUAAAAGAGCACUUUGAGGAACCUUUAAGGACAUGUCUGUAAAUAAGAACUGCUGGCAGAAGAGACUUCUUUCCCUGCGUUAGCUGAGGGAGGAGGGAAGGUGGUUGUAGGACUUCCACAGAGAGGUUCAUUAAAAGAAAACCUAUCCAGAAAGACUGUUUAAGUGCCUUGCAAAUCUUUAUUAUCCAAACAUUUAUGUUCAUACUUUCUUGUGUACAGAUGGUGCUAGUCAAGAAAAGAAAAAGGAAAAAAAAACAAACACACUUUUGAAAUGUAUUUACAGCUUGUUUUUCUCUUGGUGUUUUCUCCUAUUUCAGACUUGCUGUUUCUAAGUAACUUGUGUUUGUAGAGAUAUUUCCUAAUCAGUACAACAUAUGAAUAAAUGUUAACUGUCUUUUAUUGUUACCAGAGUAAGGCCACUCAAAGAGAAAUUCAGCUUUUCCAGAUAACACACAAAUAUUUCUAGCAGUAAGCAAGGUUUGCUUAUGUGUUCUUUUAUACUACCUUCCACCUUAGAGGACACAGUAAUUUUCCCAACCUAUAGAUUCUGCAACAUGUGAGAGAGAAGAGGUGACGUUACGGUGAAGUUAAUAUCUUUUCCAUUUGUUUCAAUCCCCAUAGCUUGUUUUCUUGUUCAUGUAUUUUAGCUUUGUACUAGCUAGAACUAUGGAUGAGGAGGCCUAGCUCUCCUAGCUCCUAACCCUCUUUUCUGGGACUAGUAACUCACUGGAAACUUACCAUUUAGGGUGAUUGUUCCUGUACUUAUCAGUCCAAAAUAUCAGUUCAGUUUAUUCUGUCCUCCUUUCUAAAACUGAUAAAAUUUAGCUUUGCCUCUUUUUGAUACACACAACUGCAAAGCAUGUUUUGGCAGCUUUGGGUCCCUGGCCUGGUCUGUCUGUAGUCACAGACAUACCUGAGAAGUGCAGGCUCUGUUCAGCUCAGCUGGUUCAGAAAUAAAGAGGAGUCCUCAGUGAGCAAAUAUAACACUUCAGGCAUGUUAUAGAAGUGCUAUCUCAGUUCCAUUCCAACCCUCUUUCCAUGGGCAAGGACAUCUCCCACUAGACCAUGUUGAUUGUGGCAUUUUCCUAAUCAACACCUCCCUUAUUGGAGCAGUGACAAAAUUCACAUUGACAUCAAAAGGAUGAGGGUCUGGGCCUCAGUGCAUAUCCAAAUGUUGUACUUGUUUGCGUCUUUAUCUAUAAACGGUAUGUGGGAAGGAACAUCCUUUGUGUUACUUGAAGAAGUGUGUGAGAUUUGCAUUUUAAUUACGAAUGAGCAUAAAGAAUUGUUUUGUUGUAUGGGUUUCUUCUUCUUUAUAUUAAAAUAAGCCCAUUCACAAAAAUUCUUCUAGCAUACACUUGCAUGACCUUCCUGUUGCUUAUGAGAAAAUAAGAGCAGCAUUUAACAUACUCAGUAUGCAUCAAUUCAUGAAUUUAUUGUUCUUAAAUGCAGCUCCUCCUUUGCCUGCAUCAGCACAUUAAUGCCAUCUUACAAUACGCCAAGCACUAACUCCCAGUGGAAACACUUUGCAAAAAUACUGAUAGAUUUAUAUAAGGGUUACCCGAAAAAAAACACGUACCUUGUAUGUUUGCCCUUUUUAUCAGGAUGGACCAAAAUUUAUUUGUGAAGCCAAAUGGAUUACACCAAGGAUGCAUUUGACACACUGAAAAUUAGGUAGUGAAAGAGCAAAAUCACAGUCCUUACAAAUAUUUUAUCUAUGAGGACUUAAUUAUAAUGACCAUUAACACUCAUAGAAUGGCUCAGGUUGGAAGGGACCUUAAAGUUCCAACCCCCUCUGCCACAUAGCUCCUAUCACAUAUUAGUAUUCAUAUACUAAAAACAAUAGUCAUCUUUUUUUUUUUUUUUUUCUGUCAGUGCAUUUCAAAAUUUGCCACUGUAAUUUUGGGAAUUGUGGUGGCUUAAUGCAUAAAAGGGAAUGUAAAUUUGCAGAGAUUUGACAUCUGUGGAACAUUUUCUGUUAAAAUAGCUUUUUACUUUAAAGUUUAUAUUAUUAUACUUCAAAUAUCUUCAAAACAGAUAAUUAAAAGCAUCAUGACCUUAAUAAAAUUGCUUUUAGUCUAUAGUAGCCAGCAUUUUACAGAAGACUCAUACACUUCUGCAAGUCAUCCAGGAAAUCCCAUUAUUUUAGCAAUGUAAUAACCAGUGUAAUGCUGCUUUUAUCCUGUAUUUUUUAAAAGGCAUCGUUACCCAAAAGACAUACCAGCGAUGUGAAUGGAAUCCUUAAUUGUUUGCAUAUUCAGAAAUCAAUCUCAUUUCCCUGGAACAGCUUCAGUAGGAAACAGCGGUGUUAACGCAAUUAGGCCUGAAGGUUAAACCUUUGUUUGCGUGUGCAGCAGAGGAUCACGGUUCUUUAUUGUCAGGUUCUGCAGUGAGUGCAGCGCACCAGCCAUUAGCUUCCAUUAGAGGCAAGAGUUUCAGGCAAGGGCAGGUGGGGUAGUUUGGGCCUAAUUCUGAAAACUUUUCAUCUUGACGUGCUUGAAUAUUAUUUCUACGAGGGACAGGACUUGUUCUAUGACCCCAAAUUCAGGUGCAACCUUAGUCUUGGGAGUUUGGCUGUGAUCUGAGUCCAGCCAUCCCUCUGGUCCCUGUGAGCAUCGGCAGCGGGCAGAAAGCCUGGGUCAUGCACAGCCAGCUCGGGUGCUCUGGGUCCCUUCGUUUUGUAGAGCAUGUGGGAGAGCCCUAAUUCCUGGAGUAUUUGUCACAGCUGGCUUCGCUCCCACUGUUCAUGCCUUGUAUCUGCUUCAGAAUGAUUUCUUGUCAAUUCAUUCAGAUCUGAGUAAUCAGAGGUACUAUUUUGCAGAAGGCAGGCAAGCAAACUGAUACCCAAGCUGUCCUUUCUUAGUUCUAUCCCAAUUCUGUUCUCAUCUUGUGUGUUGCUAUAACUGUGUGUAACUCUGUGUGGUGAAGCACAACAGCAUCAGGAGUUAUGAGCUAUAGCAGAGUAAACCCAGUUGUGAAGAAAAGGAAGAGUCACCUGCCACUUGUUUGGUAUUUAUUGUGCUGCCAGCUGUACGGUUGAAGAAUGAGCUCCUCAUUUAUUUGAUACCCUGACGCAGCCCUGAUUUUGCCUAAAGGCCACGCACAGGUUUAUCACUGACCAUUCGCAGGCUUCAAUCCAUAGUCUGGGAAGACUCCCAGUAUCACACCAUGCAACAUCUGAAACUUGCAGCUACAUAAAAUACUUACUAGUAAAGAGCAACGUCAUGCUCCUCUGACACAAAGCAAGCUAAAAGUGAAAACUGCAGAUAAUGUCUAGGUUUUUCUUUCUUUCCCUAAACAUGGGAAUUAUAGAGGCAGAAAACCUGGAGUAAUGCUGGGAUUAAUACACAUCAAAAUGGACUUGGUCCUUUAAAAAAUACUUUUCUUUAUCAUUUAUCUCAAUAGUAUGGUUUGUCUUAAAAUAGCCACUAUUAUCUGCACUGUGGAAUUCAAAUUUUAUGACAGCUGAAGGAAGUGUACUUUUUGACAAACAUUGUCUUUUACAAUUUUUUUUUUUUUUUUGAGCCAACAACCAUCAAAACUGAACUGAGGGUAGUAUAUACAUACAGACAAAUGCAUAUGUAUGUAGCCUGAGGGAGAUACCCCCCACAUACAUUAUUUUGGAGAGGUUGCAUAGCUAUUCACAAAUGGCAAAAGCCCCACUCCCUCCCUCUUCCGUGUAGUGCCCGUAAAACCUUUCUCCUGUCACUCAACAAGAUGAAGCUGACUUAUGCCACACUACAGGAAAAAGGCUUGAAAGACUUCUGAAGGCUUCCUUUAAAGGUCCUUUAUUCCCCCUGUUCUGCAUCCUGUAGGCCAAGUUGCUGCAGUUCCCAUGUUGAGGCUGUUACUGAAAUGUUCAAGUCUGUAAAAGUAAUCCAGAUGAACUACUCUGUAGUUCAGGGUGUCAUGAAUUGAAGGCAAGAUAGCUCAUGAUCAUUGCUGUUAAACACAACAAUUUGAACUUAUGCAUGAUGUGUACACCCUAGUCACGUCAAUUGAAAGCCUGGACGAUUAACUCCAUGGAAGAUAAAGCUUCCUGUCAAGUCCUCACAGAUUUAUAAAUUGUAACCUGAAGUUUUUGUGUUGCAGAUGACUAUCCAAAGCAAAUACUCUCAUAAAUGGGGGGUUUACUGAACCUCUGGUGCCUGUUCAUAUGGGCGGGAUGGUCACACAGCAUCAGGGAUGCAGACAUAGAGCAGUUGUACCACUGCAUGCUGAUGGGAGUAAAUGAUGGCCACACAGAGAGGUGCUAUUUCUCACAUCCACAGGUGGGUGACAUGUCUUGCUUAAUCCCGCUGUCAUCAUGGUCGUUGUUUUGUUACCCCAUAGGCUUCUGCAUUGCUGACACCCAGCAGUUUUUGGAGACACAAGGCUGGAUGUUGCUAGCUAUUGCAAGACUUGAAAUAGGUUUCCAAAUAGCUAUGGCAAACAAAACUGUGAAUGAUCUGUCAAUCCAAAGUUAAUUAUCUCUAUCUCUUGCAUUUAUUGUGCGCUCAUCACAGGUUAUCUGAGCUUCCAUACCUGCUCUUGGAAAUAAUAAACCAUUUUACUAUUGGCUUUAUCUUUUCUUCUUUCUCCUUCUCAAGCAAACUUUUUUUUUUUUUUUUUUUAAAAAAAAGGAAAAAAAUUUAGUUUCCCUUGAAAAUGUAGCACCCUUAUCUUGACCCCUUUGAAGUCAAUAUGGAUUUUGCUACCAGUUUCACUGGCAGCAGACUGAGGCUCACUUAUGCAACAUUUUGAACACAAAGGGCAUGAUUAUUCAUCAAAGAAUGGAGGUGCUGGCAGUGAAAUAGUAACAGUCAUCAAUAAUAUUUCAAACUAUCUUCAAAACUCUCUCAGACACGAAAAAAUAUACAACCCAAACCUUCUUACUUUGAGUGGUCCUACUUAAAUAUUGAGCAAACUUUAUAAUAAUGGUUAAAAAUGGUGCUUGAGGCAGUUUCAGCUAUAUUACAUAUUCUCUAUAUACUAUAGAUAUGGAUUGUAUUCACCCUCUCUAUUGUAUAUGUAUGCGUGUGAAUAUUUACAUCUAGCACACAUACAUAUAUGUUUUAUGUAUGCAUAGAUACUAACUUUUCUGUUUGACUUCUUUCUCUCCCAUAGCUGAAACUGCUGGUUACUAACAUCCACAUCAUAUUCUAUGUAUGAAGGAUAUAAUUUAUUUGUAAACUCAGGAUGUUCUUGUUUUAUAGAGUUGCUUGUAUUUUAUAAUUUAUUUACACAUCAUGGUUGGAAAUGCUUAUCUAAGUGCUAUGCAUUGAAGUGUAUGUUUGCUAAAUCCAUUUCACUCUGUCCGUGGCUAUGUUCUUUCUCGUUAUAACAAUGGUAUAAGAUAGGGCUAAGGAGGAGACAAAAUGAUGGAUACAUAUCUUGUGCUGGUCCCACCAAUGGGUGAUUCCAGAAGAGGAUGUAUCAGUAGUAGAUAUAUAUAUAUUUUAUCAACUAAAUUUUAUGGGGAAAAAAAAAAAGAAAGUAGAAAGAACAGCAUGAGGACAAGUUCAAAAUGUGGAAAGUCACAGCCAUUUCCAAGUUGGUCAACAAAUGCAUUGAGCCUUUUGCCAUUAAAAUUGUAAAGUUUAUUGUUUGCUGGCUUAAAAAAUAUCCCUUUUGUGGUAUCUGAGGUGUGAAACAUUGUCAAAAAUAUGAUGUCUGGAAAAAAAAUCAAACUAUAGUGGCAUUAAAUGUUUACUUUUAUCUUACCGAUA